ACGCAUGCGCAAUGCGCAUGUCGAAUUCGUCAUUCAUCGUUCGUUCGCUUUGGCCGACAUCGCGGAGCCUGCGGUCAUUUUUUCGUGAUCUGCAAUUUUUGCCAACGAGAUACUAAGCUUAUAAUAAUACAAAAUGCCUAACCAGGUGUUAACUAUAGAGCCCCAAAAUGAACUUAAAUUUAAAGUUGAUUAUUCAGGACUGUUCGAGCAAGGGUGCACUACUUACAUGCGAUUGACUAACCCUUCAAAUGAUACAGUACUAUUCAAGAUAAAAACUACCGCCCCAAAGAAGUAUUGUGUACGCCCUAAUUCUGGAGUGCUUGAGCCAAACUCUAAAGUGGAAAUAGCUAUUACUCCACAGCCUGUGUAUGUCGAUGCUAAUGAGAAACAUAAACAUAAGUUCAUGGUGCAGAGCGUGGUUGCUCCAGAGGGAAAGACCAACAUUGAUCAAGUGUGGAAGGAGAUCAGUCCAGAACAACUUAUGGAUUACAAGUUGAAGUGCGUGUUUGAAUCUCCACGCGGCCUUAAUGACGCCGGUGACAACGUCGCCCAAAACGAAGUGACCAAGAAACGCGUCGCAGUUGCUGACGAAGCGAAAUCUUCAACAAAGGAUGCCGUAGAAGGUCUAAUCCAGAACGAAGCAAAGCGGAGGGAUGAUGAUCACACUACAGGCGUGAAAACGACUUUGGCUUUCCCUAAGUCUGAGAAUGCGGAAACUGACUUGCAAAAGGCGACUUUAGAAGUUAUUGUUUUGAGGGAGGAAGAAAGCAAAUUAAGACAUGAAAAUCUGCAAUUAAAAGAAGAGCUGAUGCGCCUGCGCCAGUCGGCGGGCGGCGAGGGACGCGUGGCGCGCGCGCACUCGUACGGGCCGGAGAAGAGCGCGCAGGUGGCGCUCAUGCCCUGGGUGCUGACCGCCGUGGGCAUGGCGCUGCUCGGCAUCAUCAUCGGCAAGUUCCUCAUGUGAAUGGCCAACUAAGCCCCGCGGUCACCUUGACAUCGCCUCACAGAUACCGCUGUUACACCGCUCCCGAUGCAUCCCUCUCGCACAAGGCAGCUUACAUUUCUUUAUAGCGAACCUCCAAAGCUUCCGUCACUUGUGUUCCUUGAAGAAUUUAAUGUUUAACUUGAUCAGUCAUCCUCUCAUGUUACUAAUAAUGAUUUAACUUAGAUUUUUUAUAAACAGGAAUUUCAUUAAAAUCCUCUGAAUUUAACAAAGGCUAUUUGAUUAUACUUGAUAUUGAUAUGACGUUAAAGAAAUUCCUAUUUCCAUUUUAAAUAGUUGACAUGUUUGUUAAACUGUUAUUACUUAUUAAAUUGCUUUACCUUAUUCCAAGGCAACCAAUGUUUUCCUGUUAGUUUUUCUAUUAUUUGAUAAAUAUCCAGUAAUUUUAAAGCCAACCCGUUUUUUGACGAAAACAAGAACAUCACAACAACUUUGUAUAUAUUCACUGUUAAAAUUAUAUAAGGAUUUUCUUAACAUUACCUCUUUGAAAUACUCUCUAGUAUUUAUGCCAAGCCAUUCUUCCGAAGCUAAUCAUACCGGCUCUUAAGAUUUAUUUACAUUUAUCCAAAGCCAAUCAUUGCCCUGUCUUUCAAUAGUAAUUUGAGUGUGAGAUAGAUGCCUCAGGUGGCUUGUAGAACGACUCACUGAGCGGAGUUGCUCGACACGACAUCGUGUCGGCACCCGUCGCUCGUAUUUACUUGCAGUUGUACAAUCCACCCCUAGAAUUGUCCAUUGACCAAACGUCUGAUUGUUCAUUUAUGACAAAUUCUCUAACCGUUUAACUAUUGUCCGCGACAGGUUGACAUGGCAAGUUUCUAGUGAUGUGCCAUCAUAUAUUAAAGCGUAUUAAUAAACGUUUAUUAAAGUCAGCUGUAAAGGCCUCAUCCUGCUUAUAAAAAACGUGAGGUGUGAAAUUUCUCUAAAUAGCAAAGAACCUAUCACAAUCAAUAUUAAACUAACUCAUACUAUUGCUUCCACGAGGUCAACGCGAACUCGUCAAGCCCUAAGAUUUGGGAGUCGCGCAUCUGUCAUAUACAAGUAUGCACAUUAACCUGACGCGGACCACACGAAGUUUUCGAUUGUUAUUAACUCGCAUACUAAUAUUAAAGAAACUUACAAUAGAACUUAGCAAUUUACAUGUUAUUUCAUUAUAAGCAGCACUACUUAUAUGCGUUUCUGUUUAACUUAACGCUGGGACUGUUUUAUCUUGUCUUUGUCGCUUGACUGCAGCAUAAGUAUACCUGACUUGUAUCUGUCCGGAUCGACUCGUUCACGCGUCUGUUCGCCCCGAUAUACAACGUGUUACAAAAAUAUUAAAAAAAAAUAUAAAUAGUAAAUUAUCAUAGCCAAAAACAUCGCACAUUUAUCUCAUUUUUGUAAUACAUACAAUUCUAAACAUAUUAAACUAUUUCUGUAAAGUUGCCUUUUUAACAUAAAUUUGUUUGAUUUGAUUCAAUGAAAAAUUUAAUCUUUUUUUAUUACGUGGGAAAUCAAAAUCGAUAUCACGAUUUAAAACUAAUGUUAAUUGACUCUUUAUAAGGGGGGCAUUUGACCGCCUUUCGGUUUUACGGGCACUUUUGUAACACCUUGUAUAUACAGUCAGAUAUAUAAACAUAUAUAUAGGCAUAUCUACCUUGUAUUAGAUAUUGAUAUUAGAUAUAUGACUAUAUAUAAUCGUGAACUACAGCACGGUGCUGUCAGUUUGUACAUUAUAGUUACGCAUUUUUAUUAACAGUGGUAUGAUGUCAGGGCAGUAGAUUGGUCAAUAGAAUUAUUAUAAUAUAUAUAUAUAUUAUAGAUAUUUUAUUUUGCGUAGUUUAUUUACUUAUAAUAAAGUUGUAGCUAUUUUUCUUGAUAAAGCUGGAAAGAUCUUAUGCAUAUUAAACGUGAUGUAAAUGUAGUAUAGCAUGCGAUCUUUUACAUUACAAUGUCGACAUAAUUAAUUUUUGCCAUUAAGAAAUGAGAGUAAUUACUUUGGCAAGGUACCAAUAAUUUAUCAAGAAAACUGAGUUACUUUAUGCGGCUUGCCAAAUGUGCUUGUCGGCAUUUAUACUAAAUUGAUUAUAAAAUUAGAGUAAUCUUGUACACGUUCUGUGACAAAGCAACAAUUUACAGCUUUUGAAUAAAAUACAAGGUAAUGAUGGAUACAGUUGACGAAGUUGUAUUCAAUGUCAGGCACCAGUCCCGAAGAAGCAGUGUGCUUUGUGUCAUCACUACACUCAUAAUAUUGUGUGAUCAGAGAAACUUGAUUGGCACUGCUUUGUGAAGCCGUAGAGUGGGCACGUGUGUUAUGUGAGGUGCGGGAAGUGCCAUCAGUCGUCCCCAGUGGGCCGGUGUCAGCUACACCCUUCAUUGCCUUAAGUACAUAGAUUUAUAAUGUAGUCAAGGUUUUUACAGUAUUCAGAAAUGUUUUAAGAGUUUUGGAACUGUAGUUUGGUGCCUCAAAACAUGGCGUAUUAGACUAAAUUGGAGAGAUUGUUAAGCCACCAUUGUUACACAUAAUGUAUUUGUAAAAUUAUGUACCAUUAUAACUUUAUUAAAAGACCUUGAGGUACAAACUACAUAGAUAACGAGUAAUUUUGGAAAAGGUUUUAAAUAUUUCUUUGAUUUAGUGAAAUACUCAUGCAUUAUUGUCGAAAAUUAAAUUACUAUGAAAAUAGUUGAGGUUAGGUAUAGCCUCAAAAAUAAAAAAUGUAACUACGGUAUUUUAUUUUAUAGUCAGCCGUAAAUGUGCAGGCAAUAACUUAAUACAACAAAAAACAUUGUUAUCAGUUACUACGUUUUAGGAUAAUCCUUAAUUUCUGUUUUUCUAUGUAUGUUUCAUCGUGAAUAAAUAAAUAUCAUUUAAAACUAAACAGAUUUAUCGUUAAUAUAAUUAUUGGCUUAUAGCAAAACAAUCUGUGUGUGAAUAAACUUACGUCAAAUAUACAUUACGUUGUGCAAAAUAUAAAUGUUAGUACUACGUAUUGUUAAUAUUAUUUAUAAAUAAUGAAUGUAAGCAUAUGUGACUAUUCGUGAGGACACACUAAACGUUAUCUUCUUAUUCCGGAGCCCUGAGCUUAAACAUACGGCCAUUUACUUGAAGUAGCGCAAAUUACGGCACUGUACACACUGAAAUCACACUGUAUAGCGCAGCACGCUCGUCACCUGUAAUCUGCGCUGCACGCAUUCGACGACUAGUGCAUGAGUGCUAGACGCAUGCUCGAAUUUACAGCUGCAGCGGCAGCUUUCAUCACCAAAGCGUAGCGUUAUGGUUUCAGUGUGCUAUUCGCCUCAAAUACAUUAUAGAUACCGUACCUACAUCACAAUAUUAAGUCAUUAUGUUUGGUACGUAGUUGUUGUCAGACAUACAAUAUCCAGCAUUGAAUACUUAGGAAUUAAUGUUAUAUAUGACGUGUUAAGUGGAAAACAUAGCGUAAUAAAUCAUACUUAACUUGUAUUUUGGUGUAAAUGUGGAUGAAAUUGUCUUGUCAUUAUUUUCAACUUUCUACUGUGGCUUUUGAAAUGAUCAUAUUAUGAGCCCGUAGUCUCUAUGAAUUCAUUUGUACAAAUUCUUAAAAAUAGAUAUUUAUAUACUUCCAUCAUUGAACCUUGGUAAACAUGUGAGAAGUAACAGUGUCAAGCAUCCCCGCGAAAGUUGCCAUUUUGGUUUUAUUUGUGACUUACAAGAGCAUAUUGGCUGGUUCCGAUCUGUAAGCAAUAUUCACAUGACGAUGUUAUUUUAUAAAUACGUUCUGGUUAAACUUUGACAUCAAAAAUUUGUUAACAACGAAUUUUAAGUUUAUUUAUUUUAAGUGCACAGCGGGAGUGACAAACAGUGAGGAUACUCGCUUUUAUCAAACGAUUUGUUAAAAAUACGGCCUGGUCUGGCCUUAGCUGAGCUUUACACUAUUUAUCGUAGUUAUAAUAUGCGACAAUCUUUUAGAAAUGGACUAGGUAUGCAACUCCUUUAUUUAUGACGAAUAUGAACGGUAUUGAAAUAACUUGUUUUGUUAUAUAUUGCGAUUGAUGUAGUAUUCAUAUUAAAGCUCAGCUAGUGUCGAACUGAGAUACGAGGUGCGAAGUGAGGAUUGUAUGAGUGAAAAAAUUGGUAGUACAACCGUGGCUCAGUUUGAACCUCACGGCUACUAUUCCAUAAUAAAAUAGGCGUCAUCAUGUCAUGUUUCAUAGCACAUUUAAUCGUAGUUUUGUGUCAAUAUAUUUAGAAGAAUUUCACUCUUGUUUAUGGCAUUUUUACUUUUCAUUUGUGGUGGUUUUUUUAAAUAAUUAAUGCCUAUAAACAGAAUGUUCCAGUGUAUUUUGUGUAUCUCUACAUCAUCUAGGUAAGAUCGGACUUAACAUGUACUGUACAGACAAAUAAGAACUUGACCAUUAUUAUGUAUUGCAUGUAAUUGCCUAAAACUUUAUACUGCAUGUGUUACCAAAGACAGCCCUCAGUCAAGGGCUGUCCAAACCACUGGCCUCGGACCGCGUUCGGUCACCUCUGUGCGGUCCGCUGAGUAUUUUGAAGUAACGAGCAUAAAAUUAAUGUGCCCAAAUCUUUUGGGGCGAAUGAAUUUAAUUCAGAGUCUUAGUUUCCUUAGUUUCUAAGCCAACAGAAGAUAUAUGUAAUCUCAACAACAUCGUACAUAUUGAGAUAAAAUAACUUGUAUUUAUUUCUUUAUAAAGCUGUAAAAUAUAUUAGAAGCAAAAUUGCUGACAAAAAUAAUCGUUUUUUCUGUAUUUUGACUGUUUUUUUACGGCGGUAGGCUGUAGUCCUCAAACUAACAAAAAAAAUCUCAUUGUUUUAAGUAAUUAAACCUUAUUUUAAACUGGGUAUCUUGAAUUUUUUAAGGGUUCAUCAUCUGAGCCGUAGGCAUAGAACGUCCAAUGCUUAUGAUAGGCUUCCCUCAGGAAUGAAGAAAUAAGAUUAUUUAUUUGCGUAAAGGAUGAAAGUAAGUUUAUAAAGCACAAAUAAAACAUAUUGUAACUAAUUUGUGCGGCCCUCUAUUUAGCGACUUGUAUUUUCCCGCGAUCACAGUUGUUUGGACAGCCCUGACUUAACAGACUCGCAUUAUGUAAAUGCUAGACCUACUUAUAACAAGAAACACAGUACCUACCUACUUGGGCGCAUUUAAUUUCGUUAGGCAUUUUUUCAACUCAAAAUGUGUUAUAUUUUGUAACAUAGAAACAUGUUAACAUGCAUUUUUUGGUAUUGACGAUAGAUAGACUAUGCAACAUAGCGGUAGUGUGUUCUGUGAAAUAGCCUAUUGAAAUUUUUGCAUCCAUGUGUCAUAAACCUGCAGAUCUUCAUGUUAUUUUUAGGAGAUGAUGUAUUGGUAUAAGGACAUUUAAUUAUCAAUGCGUAGGGUUAUUUUUAAAUUAACAAUAGAAAACUUUGAAUUAAUUAAAAUUUCCGUAUGGUAUUGUUGUUAUAUUGUACUAUUAUGCUAUAUUGUAUCGUUUUAUCUGAAAUAAAAGACUUAAUUUAUGACUA